AACGGCUAUCGGUUGAUAAAGAUGAUGAAUCUGCUAUCAGACAGAAUCUUUAUAAAGAAGUCCUUAUGUUGGAGUCUGAUAUAGCAGAAAAGGUGUCCCCUUCUGAAGCUCAUUUUCCUUCUACCUCAACACCUGUGAAGUCUGCAGGUUUGCAUCAUCCUCUGUCUCCUGUCAACGCUCCAACUAAUUCUAAAUGUAUACCUGUUUAUAAGUGGGGUUUGAAAAAGUUUUCGGGAAAGGAACCAUUAAUUCCAUUCUUGGAGUUGGUUGAGUCCCUUAAGGUUUCUAGAGGUUGUACAGAUUCGGACCUAUUCGACUCUGCUGGGGAUUUGUUUGAAAAUGAUGCGUGGACUUGGUGGCAUAACAACCACAUCAAGAAUCGUUUCCUGAACUGGAACGAACUCGUUGAUGCCCUGAAAUCCACAUUUUUGCAUAGUAAUUAUGACUCAAUGUUAUUGCAGGAUAUCAAAUCUCGUAAGCAGAAUCCUCGAGAGUCAGUUGCGCUGUAUAUCACUUUUAUGGAGGCACAAUUUUAUAGAUUAAAUAAAUGUCCUUCAGAGAUUGAAAUGGUUAAUAUUAUAAGGAAUAAUUUACUUCCUGACUAUGUAAAAGCCCUUGUUUUACAGGAUAUUGCAUCAGUAUCUCAGCUGACAUCUCUUUGUAGGAGAGUUGAGGAUGCUCUCUGUUUAAGCGUUUCAAAUCAGUUGGGAGAGCUCCAGGUGUCUGAAACUCGAUCUAAUGUCAGAUGUUGGAACUGUGGUGAGGAAAACCAUCGUUACAACGAAUGUAGGAAGUUGAGAACGCGCUUCUGCUUUGGUUGCGGUCAGAGGAACGUUAUCAAGUCCAACUGUCCUCGGUGUUCAAAAAACGAACAGAGGGUCCACAAUCCCGCAGGUAUUGGAGGCCCCUCAAGUCAAAAACCUGCUCCAAAACCGAAACAGAAAUCGAAUCAGAAGAAGAAUUAAUUUCUUCGUCACCCAUAGUUAUGGAGAACUCCGAUUUAUCUGUUCCUGAAGCGGUAAGAAAGGUUAAAAAGAACCAUAGUGUCUUGAGAGAGACCAAUCCCUUAUUAGAACUUCGUCAGAAGGACAAUCGUCCUUAUCUAACAGUUCAGGUAGGAGGUGAGCUUAUAUCUUCCUUGGUAGAUAGUGGUAGCAACGUCACAAUUUUAGGUUCUUCUUCUAUUCACCUUUUACGGAAGAUGAAUCUAGGCCUCCACUACGACGUAUCGGUUAACCUUACAACGGCCGAUGGAAAGCCUCAGAAUACUUUGGGGUAUGUCAACCUUCCCAUAAGUUUGAACGAGGUGACCAAGAGAUUUUUCCUAUGGUUCCUCUUGUUUAUCUUCGGAUAACUCUGUAGCUGUGGUUCGAGCUAUACUCGGAUCUGAUUCAUUGACAGAGCCUCAAAAGUACGAAUUGGACUUCGUUAUAGAUUUAUUUAAACAAAUUGCGCCCUCUGAUAGAUUAGGUAGGACUCAUUUGUAUCGGCAUCAUAUCGAUACAGGAGAUGCCAAGCCAGUUAGACAAAGACAGUAUCCACUUUCUCCAGCAAUGCAGAAAGUUUUGAAUGUGGAAAUUGAUAAGAAGUUGGAGCUCA